AUAUAAAGGUGAUAAAUCUCACAGUCUAGAAUUCAGUUCAAUUCUAACUCGUGGCAAAGCCGGUUUUGCUUAAAAUUUGUUGUGUUGUGUUGAUCGUGAAUUCGAGGAAUAAAAUGCGUUUCGCUCUGUUUACUUUCCUUGCACUCUGCUUGUUGGCGUUCGUCCUGGCCAAUCCCGCCAAGGACACCAAGAAGCCGGCAACCAAUGCCUGUAACAGAUCCUGCGGAGACACCUACGAACCUGUUUGCGCCAAGGCCAAGAACAGCAGCAAGGAGCGAUUGAUUAGCUUCGGCAGCAAGUGCGUCAUGGACAACUACAACUGUCAGCACGCCGACGAUCCAUUCGAAAUCAAGUCCAAGGGCGAGUGCGGUGGCGGCGUGAGUGUGCGUCUCUCCUAAUCUAAUGACCAAAUGAAUUAUUAUUAUGCAUUCAAAUAAAAGUACUAUUCUCUUUGAAAA